UAUAAAUACAUUAACCAUUGCCAUUGUUCUGCAAACUCUGUUCUCUCUUUUCUCCGUGUAACCAUGGCACUCACACGUGCCAUCUUGGUGCUAGCCAUUUUCUUCACUCUGGUAGCAAUAUCGACGUCUCAAGCUCCCUCUCCUGCACCUACAUCUUUCACUCUCCCCUCGCAAAUGUCCCCAACCACCUCACCAACUCCUACACCUUCCCAAAGCCCAAGCCCAAGCCCAGGCCCAUCCACCACUUCAUCGCCGCCUUCACCUUUUACUCUCUCUCCUAUUUCACCCUCACCCACUCCAUCUCCUUCAUCAGCAUCUGCUGAUUAUGUGCCUGCAAGACCCAGCAACGCGUUUCUUCGUGGAACCAGCUUCUUCAUGCUACCUUCACCCAUUUUCGCGGCUGCUGCAAUGCUUCUUCUCUGA